GUUUCAGCAUUUUCAACGUUGACGCGAACGAUUGGGAUGGCACGGGAAUGGCUGGAGGAGAGGAUUACCGGCGGUGGCGACAACAUUGCUUCACGAAGAACGAAAGAUGGAAGAAAAGAGUCGUGCAGAGUCGUCGCCUCUUCGACAUUGACUACAAGCGUCCACUAAACCACUUCAUCCUUCCAUUUUGAUGAAAAUCGACGAAAAAAGGAGCUAAAAAAUGAAGAAGCUGUGAAGUGGAUUCAAAAGAAAGUAGAAGAAUCGAGCCUCACGCGAAUGCUUUGACAGGCAAACACAAGUUAAUAAGAGAUGCGAACAAUUCUCAUCGAUUGGUUCAGCGAUGCCGUGAGAGAGUACAUUUUCCGAAAUGAAGCAGUUCAUCUCGCGGUGAGCCUCGUGGAUCGUGCUCUUCCAAUGUUCAACAUUAAUAAAAUGCGAUUUCAACUGGUUGGAAUCACGUCGAUGAGGAUCGCAGUAAAAUACGAGGAAAUCUUUCCACCUAUCCUAUCGAAUACCCGACAUUCUUUUGAUGGAGCGAUUCUUUAUUGGAAAGUUCGACUUCAUCGUCGCAAUGCCCACACCAUCUUGGAUCGGAUCAUGCUUUGCACAGAGAAUGAACUUUACAAAAAAGAUGCGGAAUGCUGUCAAACUCCUCGAGCUGUCGCCGAUAGAUUCUCAUUUUCUACGUUACCGCCCAUCUGAUGCUGCUUAGAAUCACAGAAUCAACAAUUCGACCAAGUGGCUGCUAAUGAUGGAUCCAAGGAAUCGGGAAUCGAGACGAGGCUCACACUGAGCCGAAAUAUUAAAUAAUAUUUAUGUGUUUUUCCCUUUUUUCAUAUUUAUUUUUUCAUUUUUCAUGUUCAAUAAACAAAAUUUUUGGCAA